GUACUACCAGCGCCAGAAGUUGCGGCACUCUACAACAAAAAGAACGGUGAAGAACUUUGUACCUAUUCUGAAGUGUCGUGUACAGUGCUGAGUAAAAAAACCACGGCAGCUUCUGUAAGGAAUAGAUGUACAGUUUUGCAACAGCAACACUGACGCAAGCUGGCCGCUGCACAUCAUCUCAAUAGCGACGUACUAAACAGCCAACCGCGGCUCAUUCAGCAUCAUGGAGGGCGUUGACAUAAGCUCGCCCGCUGAGCGACUCAGUUGCGGCCGCAGCUUCAUCACCUGGCAUGAGGAUGAUAAGCUUCGUGAAUGCUGGCAGCGUAUAGUGAGUCGGUCUCGUGCAUCACCAACGACUCCUGCAGCGUAUAGAAAAGCGUCAAGCAGUCCGUCCUCGGAUAUAGUGCGUAUGACAACUGGGAAAAUUAAAACUUAAACCACUCAAAAAUAUUUACUAAUUCCAUCAUAUUUCCUGAUAUUCUAAGGUCUACAUGCAUAUUUGCCAUUACUCAUGUUCAGCUUCGAGCUAAGGCCAGGGUAGAGUGCAUGAAUGAGUGAAAAAAUGUUCAUGGGUUGAUAAUCAGUUUAUCGGAAAAGUAGAAGCUGGACGAGGGCAAGGUAAGAUAUUUCCAUUUUUUGAUUCCAGCGCAGUUGUCCUAAGGGAGCAAAUAAUGAUCUCUAUGAUUUAUUUUUAACCGAGGCAUAAUUCUUCAUCCUUUCGGAAACAGCCUAGUCCAUACUAGGCCCGGCUUAUUUUUUCGGAAUCAUCUAAGAUCAGAAGAACCAGGAAAAGCGUGAAGCUGCAAGGGGAUGAGGAGGAAACGCCGGAAGGGGUGCGUGGUCUAAGAAGUGUAUCCCGGUCUAUGACUUUGAAACUUGACGCAGAAGAGGAAGACCUAGCCAGCGACGAGGAGUUGGAACUAGAUCAAAAAACUUUUGAAGUAUGGCGCAUUAAGCUUUUUUUCGACUGCAUCUUUAUUUUCUUUCUACCCACUUUCUCACUGGUUCCCUUGUGUUGUCACUGGUGUGGCCUCUUUGUCACUGGUAGUUCUUGCCUGCUGUGUCUUUUUUCUUUCUACCCACUUUGUCACUGCUUCUUCGUCACUGGCUACCCUGUGUCUUCUCUCAUUCUCAUUCAGCUCUAAUCUCGUUCACGCUGCAAAAUAGCGACCUAGCAUUGCAUCCUGAGGAAGUUAGCCGGAUUUGGCAUGUCCUUGUUGGCAGCGUGGAGCAGAAGCCGUUGGAACCAAAGCCCUUGAAAGAAAGAGCGGCAAGCGAUGCGAGCCGUGGAAGUAAUUCCCCACCUCAGCCUUAUGCUUACCAUUUUUGUUUUAGGCUUUCAAUACAUUGCCAUGUUUUAAAUAGUAAAUAUACAAUACAUUGCCAUACAUUCAUGUAGCUAUAAUAGAUAUACAAUAAUAAAUAUACAAUACCUCUAGAGAUCUAGCCCUUUCAACAACAAAAUAAAUUGCCAUACAUUCAUGUAGCUGGGUUAGAGCAGUGCUUUCUGAUGAUGCUAGUCGAUUCGGAUGGGGCCUACGAUUUCCCUGCGUCGCUUUUGGGUUCUACGAAUUUCUCCCAUCCUCUCUCAUAGGCUUUCUACGUCUCUAACACAACAACCCACAACAUCCUGCGCCCAUGCCGACUCUUUCGAAGUACCUAGGCAACGAUUUUCAAGAUGUAGCUAGCAUGUUCGGCGACGACCAAACGGGAAGAACCGGCGUUGAUUCCCGUGCCCUAACUGGCCUCAGCUCAUCUGCUGUUAUGGGACUCAUGUGAUUUCGUUUGUUGAGAAGAUACAAAGUGCUUUGGUAUUCCCCGGCCCAUCUCAUGACUUUGUAAUAACGAAAUUUGUGUGGUAGUGGUCUAUUGUGUAUGCCUUUCUUUAGAAAGACUCAUGUUGUAAUCAUUUUUUCUCGAAAGUGAGUGGUCAAUACCGAUAGGCGUCGUCGUUCAUGACGCCUUUGAAUUUGAAUGAUCUCGUACUUUUGCAACAAGAGGUUGUUGCUUUUCUGGAGUACUGAAAAACUUCUUAGGAAAAUUUCUAAGAAAUGUGGGGAUUCAAUCGGCCUCCGCGAUUUUCUUGUUGAGGAAGACGAUGCCAGCAGCGACGGCACCAGAAGGAGUCACGGCAUGCGAUUUGUUUCGUCCUCAGGCGUCACUACAGGUCAAAGGCAAGGUGCACAUCCUAGUGUCUCUUCUACGUCUGCUUCACCAAAACAAAAUACAACAAUGCCAUCAUAUCAAACAAGUCUAUGUGAUGGAACUACAACCACUACUAUGCCUGAUACUAUGACAACACCCGAUAUUGAAACGAGUGGUCCCCCUUCACCAGUAGGAAUACAACGGGAACAUGACGAGGAGGAGGAGCUUGUUAGAACAACUCCGUCUCCAGGGUCACAGCCUCGCGAAGUCACAACGAUCAAGCGAAACGGCAGUACAGCUAGUACUAGCAGGAGUCUGAAUAUUAUGAACAGGAUUUUUGCUGCGUUUCAGUAUGACAUUUGAUCAAGAUCACGACAUGGGGGUCGUGUGUUUUGCCCUGAAAUGGUAAUGGUGUGGGCUCGUAGAAUAAGGCGCGCCUAGACACGACUGGGACACAAAAUUACAGCACUUUGACAAAUGGUUCCGUAUGAAUGAAUAGAGUCGAAUUUUGCUAAAACAAAAAAGAGCGUUUCUAACUUUCGACAAGACUCCGCAGUCUCGCAUGCGCCACCGACAGCAGUGACGUUUUGUAGAUUUAGGCAAGCAGCUCUGCGCGCUCAGUUUCUUAGAAAUGUCUUGGAGAGCAUGGCGAGAGGGCCAACACUAGUCACGUCGUUUGCAGUGCCUGAAGGUGGGUUACUUUUUUGUUCUGAAAUGUUUUUGACUUCUAGCUCAACAAUUCUUGCUUUCAUCUACGCAGCUUCUCUCAAUAACUACGAGAUAACUACGUAGAAUCAUCUUGUUCUCAAUUGAAACGCAGUCUAUCGGCAACUCCAAUUAUGAGUUUCUCUUUACUUCUUCUUCCCCUCUCCACCAGAUUACGAUUACAGUCGAUCAACGGAAGAAAACUAUGCUUUAGAGCCGCCCUCUGUAGAAGCCUCCUCUCCAGGGAGCAAUGUUUUCUUCGGAGGACCUUGGGAUGAUAUACGGCGGAAAAUGGAUUACUCCUAUCACGCCCACUACUCCGAACUCCGACAACAAUGGCAAGACCGCGUGGUCGCCUCCACUAUCCGUAAGUCAGAGCCGAUUCACAGACCAUGGUUGAUUUACUCUUAUGAAAGAGUUUUCGCUUAAUAUACUUAGUUGUUUUCGCUUUAAGUAGAAAAAAAAAUGUAGUAAUUUUCCACCAGAUCGGUACGAGGAGAGAAAUUAGAUUCUCGAAAAUUGCCUCGUAGUAGUUCUUACCUUUAAAUCUGCCAUGUCCACCUGAAGGAAACGAUACGACCUUCAUCUAAUUUACUGGCGGAGCAAUGGGUGCUGGGAAAGGAUACGUAAUGCGGUGGCUUAGUGCCACAGGCUACGUUCCGAUGGAACAGUGCGUGAGGAUAGAUCCUGACCUCUUUAAAACGCUGAUGCCUGAGUUCGACCACUACAUAGAAAGAGGAUUCGCGAAUGAGGCAGGUAUUCCCUUGCUUCAUCCUCGACAACUUAUGGCUUUUAAGAUGGUUCGUUCCUAGUUGUAUUAGAUUAAAUAAAACAACCGGUUCGUUUUUACCUCUAGCGUGUAGCCCCUUCAAACAAUAUAAGAUUGCAUAACUAAUAUUAAAGACAAUUUAUUACCACUUGCCCCCCCUAACAGGUACCAUGUGCCACAAGGAGUCUGGCGCACUGCAGGAGUUAUGUCUAGAAGCGGCUUUGCGCCGGUCGCAGAAUGUAUGGGUAGAUGGUUCUUUACGCAAUGCCGAUUGGGUUGUGUCGCAGGUUCAGGAUAUCCGCAAAAGGUUUCCACACUAUCGAAUAGCCGUCGUGUUUGUCUACGCACCUGAAGAAGUCGUGAGGAGGAGGUACAAGCUGUUCUUUUCUGCUAGAUGGAGUAUCUAUAGCUUUAUUUUGUUGCACCUCCUCGUUCUGGAGAGAGAAUUUUUGGGAUUAUCAAAUUCGUUGUGAAGACUCAUUUGCAAACGUCGUUUGGAAGAUGACUCUGCAACUAACUCUAGACUUUGCAUUCGACGUAACAAACUCUAAGCCCUGCAACCAAAAAAUCAGGGUGAAAGCGCGUGGCGAGAAGACAGGGCGUUUUGUGCCAGAGAAGGAGCUGGCGGAAAGCUUGCAAGGUAGUGCGCAAUCCGUAGAUAAGCUAGUUCCACAUGUAGACGUUGUAGCGAGAGUCCGCAACGAAGACUUCCCUAUGCUCGAAUCUCUCGAGAGAGUCGAUUACUCAGGCGACUUUUCAAGAAUGGGCACGUUGUUUGCUCCCGCUCUCGCAGUGAGCAUAGACGAGUAUGAUCCGGACUGGUUGCAUAGGUUUCCCUUUCGACUUCCAGACCUCAGGUUUAGUAUCCUAAUGCGCAACGUGCGUCUCGUGAGCACAGAUCUGCAAACAUUGGCGGGAGGGUCGGAUCCAGCAUUGGUAAAAGAAGUAUGCGAUAUUUAUGGCAAGGGCAUUUUUGAUUUUGACGCUUGAAUGGAGUCAGUACUCGUAGCAACAAGAACAACUAUGCAAAAUUGUGAAGAUUAAUGAAUCCGUAAAAAACCAACGUUUCCUGACUUCUACCGAUCACAUCUGCAAAGAUGUCGGGGGAAAAGAAAGGAAGAAUAGAAAAAGAAAGAAGGACCACCUGCGAAUUCAAAACUUUUCAAUACCCCACGAAUGGGUACACCACUACUACUAUUUUUUUCUACCUUUCCCUUUCAUACGUUGGGGCGUUGUCACCACCUAUGCGUCCGUUUGAACGGUCGGGCUUUCGUAGUUAGUCCAGUAGGUAUUGACUACUUAGUAGAGGACGACUUAGCAGCUGAGGAGGCUGGCGGCCCAGGAGAUCGAGAUGCGCGACUCCCAUCUCCCUCUCGACUUGCAAGUACUACCAGGAAUAGACCGCCUUUGCUUAUGGAGUUUGGUUAUAAUCUCACUCCCUCAUGAUACAUAAUCUCAUUAAUAUUUUCCAAUUGGUGUUUCGCUUUGUUUGGGGAAAAGCCUUAAAAGGACCUCUAUAUUACAAGACCAUCAAAUAGAAAACUACCCCUUUUUCGUAAUAUUUCGAUUCACCAGCACCUUCUUCUAAUGUUGGCGCCUUUGUCGUCUCGGCAAGUAUUCUGUCUGCAGCGUCGCGUGCCACUAUACCCGGUGCUCCUGGAGCUGCGCCAGAUUCUAGGACGGCUCUUACAGCAGGAGGACGACAAGAUACUCCUGCAAAUGCAUCUACAUCUUCAAGACUAGACGGCCAUCACCAUCAAUUUCCGAGUCUGGCCACUAGGCGGAGACACUUGCAUCAAGCGCGCUACUGGCGGGCGAAAACUACAGCAGAAUCGCCGAAGAAAGGCAGUUCAGCCACCGCUCCCGACGUAGAAGCCAACGGAGGUAGUCCUCUUUUUGGAAAUUAUGGCACUAUUUGAUUUUUGAUGUUGUCCAAAUCAGUCUGUCUCGAAAAUUGCAAGUCAAGCUUUCGAGCUAUCUAUGUACGAGGAGAUCGAUGGCAAGAAUGCUUUUGGCCUAAAGGUAAAUCUCAAUCUCUUGCCCAUCAACAUCUAAGACUAAAAAGACGACAAGAGCAAAAGCGGAACAGCGGUUACGCAGAAUCCAGACGUAGACGGAACAGCGGUUAAGCGAGAUGCAGAUGAGGAUCGUCUCCCGGAUAGGAUUUCUAAUCCCAAAAAAAAUUUCUCGCUCGACGAUGAUAAUCCUGCACAAAGAGCGGUGUUCGAGGACCGGAAUAUACCUUUGUGUGGUUUUCUUCACUUUCGCCCAAAUCGUCCAAAGGUGGCAAGAACCUUGUUGUUUCCCUUCGAGGAGGACUCUCCAGUCGGGGAUCCGCCUUAUAUUUUAGAGCCAGACUUCUACGGCUAUCUUCAAGCAGGAAAGGAGCAAGGGAUCGACCGACGCCAUGACUUCUUGGAGCAAGCUCCGAAUGGAGCAGGAGAAGGAGGUUUGAACGCUCAUGUCACGUCGGCGAUGAAUUUGAAUGGUCAAGUUGCCAUCGGACGAAGCAAUAGCAGAACUCUUUCCGGUAAUAUCAAAACAUCAUCCACUACUUCUGCAAGCUCUACGCCAUUGUCACCGAAGAGUAGAACAAAUAGAGGUGCACUACAAGCAGGGACACUGUUGCAGCAGGCGCAACAAUUAUUAUGAACGUUUGAUGUGCAUGCGCUCCGUGAAAUAGAUUCAUCUCCUUUGUGAAUUCAAAAUUGACCAUCCACAUCCUCGUCGAAGGAACUGCAUCAGCUUGACAUCAGGAAUCCGUUUUCCUUACUGAUCUCCCAGACCGCACCAACGAUGCCAUGGAUUUUCCUCCUCCUCCUCCUCCUCCUCAUCUAAUUACAGGCUUAAGCAGCGAAUUCAUCCCCGUGUUGUCUUUUGGGCGUAGUGAACUGCUGUCCCCCAACAGCGUUCCCGCGCACCGCACCCUUCUGCAUAGCCUUGAACAGAGUGGACGACUUUUGCGCGGAAGCAGAUUACACCAUCUCUUUUUUCCGAGUGGCUUGGUUGCAUUACGGUUGAUUCAUUUGGGAUUUGUUCUCCCUAGACUUUUUGAAGAAGAACACGGGAAAAGAGAUGCAUUCCUAUCAAUCUGGGUGGAAAUGAGAACGGAUCGAUUAGUACCAGGAACUCGUAAGUGGUAGAGACUAAACAGUCAGAAACGCAGUUUCUUGAUGAUCAGCAUGUUUUCAUCUGUGUCCCCCUCUCUAAGACAAAGUAGUGCUCCAAGUGCGGAGUUAGACUACGACGGACGGGGACAGGUGGGGGGAAACUUAUGGCCUUUGAUAGUACAAUACCAGCUUGAUGUCGUUAGAGCACAGGUUGCCUUUUUUCUCUCCGAUGUCGUUAAAGCACAGGUUGCUUCUCCUAGGAGAGAAAAAGAGUCCAAAGAUAUGUCUAAUGCAACUUGUAGUAUUUCCUUUUUUAGCAUUAUCCGUGACCUUGCUCUAAGAAUUAUUUACCUUGGUCCAGCACAACAAGAAACAACUGCCUCACGCCGGGUGACGUCGAAAGCAAGAGACGCUUUACUGCCGGUCGCUAUGACGUGGCUUUUACCAGGAGAACAUUUUGGCCAAGACGCUGGAGGUCACGCCACUGGGCAGAAUGGUUAUGAUUGAAGACUUAGAAGAGGUUGUCAUGCUGGUCUACAUGCUGUUCUACUUGUAGUAGUAGAUCCCUUGUAGAUGGUUAUGUUGAAGAAGGGGAAACAUCCCUCCCUCAAUGCUUCUUUCAUAGCCGCGGUUUCCUCGUUAUCUUUUCCGAUGCGCAUCGUGGGCAGUUGCGCUGUUUUUUUCCGCUUCUGGUCUGAGCGCGCUAUCGGCGACUUGCGGUUUCUUUCAAGCGUCGAUACGAACAAGUUCAAGGCAGCUGAUAGAUACGGUUUUCUUGUGACAGCUGCAAGAAGAUAUUUCUUUGCAUGAUAUAAUGAAAGCAUAGAUUAAGGAUUUCCGAAUUGCAUUCCUCACUACCAUCCCCGACUCUUUUCCUAGUAGAAGAGAGGCCAGGGAUGUUCUGAAGAAUGUAAUUCCGUAACCUCUAAGACGAGCCAUCUUUUCUCGUGAUUUUUUCUUCGGCUCGACCUUGGUGUCUAGAAUACUUUUACUUUUCCGGAUAUUUCAGUUUUUAGGCUGACUCGGCAGCUCAUUGUGUUUGAGAUUAUAGUAGCAGUCUUAUUUUCCCAUUUCCAUUCAUGUUGUCUCUCUAGUGUGUCCGUUUAAUUUAACCAUCGUUUUGAAAAAACCACUAAGAAUAGGUUUUUUUCUAAGAAAACGUCCCAAAAGUCUCUUAAGUAAGCACAUGAUCAGAUUUUCAACCCGGCUUAAUGAGGCCUAAGAAGAUCCAAAGCCCCGUAUUGAAUAGGUGAACCUCGUCGUUUUUAACUUCCUCUCUGACUCGUGUGAUGAACUCUUUUUUAACACAGGCACACAACUUAAGGUUGGUUUUCCUCUUUUCCUCUCAUAUUAGACCUCUCAUGAGUCAACAUCGUGGUGCUCACUGAUAUUGCACCUCGUCGUGGC